AUGACCUCGUUGAUGACUACACGGCCCACUUCCUCCGUCCCCACCAACGCCGACCACCAUCACCAUCGAGACCCAUUUCCAUCCAUUCCCACCAAGGCCGACCACCAUCACCAUCGACAUCCACUUCCUCCAUCCCCACCAACGCCGACCACUUCCAUCACCAUCAAUCGACACCCGCUUACCUCCAUCCCCACAAUGCCGACUAUCUGGUUAAAUGCCACUUUCUUUACCCCGUCGACACUAUACUUUCUCCAUCCCCACCAACGCCGACCACCAUCGACACUUCCUCCAUCCCCACCAACACCUCCAACCCCAUCAACACCGAUGCCCCACCAUCACCAUCGACAUCCACUUCCUCCAUCCCCACCAACGCCGACCACCAUCACCAUCGACACCCACUUCCUCCAUCCCCACCAACCACACCGACCACCAUCACCAUCGACAUCCACCAUUCCUCCAUCCCCACCCACCAUCGCCACCAACGCCAAUACCGUCACCAUCCCACCAUCACACCUACCUCGAUCCCCACAAACUUCCACCAUCCAUGCCAUACCCGUUACCUCCAUCCCCAUCAACGCCGACCACCAUCACCACAUCGACAUCCACUUCCUCCAUCCCCACCAACACCGACCACCAUCUACCUUUCGACAUCUAUACCUCCAUCCCCACUUCCAACGCCCGGACUCCACCAUCACCAUCGACACCCACUUCCUCCAUCCCCUCCAUAACGCCAACACCUACCACUCAUCCACUAUCACCACCUUACCUCCAUCCCAUCACCACCAACGCCGACCACCAUCAUCAUCGACCACUUCCUCCAUCCCCACCAACGCCGACCACCAUCACCAUCGACAUCCACUUCCUCCAUCCCCUCACCAAAACCGACCACCAUCACCAUACGCCAUCGACACCUCGACACCGCAUCCUCCAUCCCGACCCCACCACCGACAACGCCAUCCCACCAUCACUUCAUCCAUCCCCACUCACCGACCACCAAUCACCAUCCACGCCUCCAUCCCACCCAGGCCAACGCUGACCACCAUCACCAUCGACACCUCCCUCCAUCCCCACAACGCCGACCACCAUCACCAUCACCACCUACCUUCCAUCACCCAACCGCUUCCAUCAGCACAUGCAUCGGACCACCAUCACCACCAACGCUGGCCACCUCACCAUCGACAUUUCACUACUUCUGCCGACCUCACAUCAACGCUGACCACAUCACCACCAUCACCAUCGACAUCCCUUCAUCCAUCACCAUCAACCACGAUCUCCAUCACUAUCACCACCGACAUCACCCACUUCCCCUACAAUCCGACCACUAACAUCCACACCCACUUCAUCCACGCCGACCACCAUCGACAACACCGACCACCAUCACCACCACUAACACCUACAACUCCAUCCCCACAACGCCGACCACCAUCACCAUCGACACCCACUUCCUCCAUCCCACCCAACGCCGAUCAACAUCACCACUUCUCCAUCCCCUUCAGCACCAUCCCCACCAACAUCCACUUCCUCCAUCUCCUGCACUCCCCCAACGCCGAUCAACAUCACCAUCGAAACUCCAUCCUUCCUCAAUCACCACCAACAUCGACAUCCACCUCAAUCCACCACCAACGACCACCAUCACCAUCAACACCUUCCUCCAUCCCCACCAUUCGCCGACCACCAUCACCAUCGACACCCUACUUCCUCCAUCCCCACCAACACCGACCACCAUCGACACCCACUUCCUCCAUCCCCACCAACACCGACCACCAUCACCAUCAACACCUAUACCUCCAACCCCACAAACGCCGACCUCCAUCACCAUCGACACCCACUUCCUCCAUUCCCACAAACGCCGACCACCAUCGACACCACUUCCAUCCCCACCAACACCCGACCACCAUCACCAUCAACACCUAUACCUCCAUCCCCACCAACGCCGACCACCGUCACCAUCGAUCCCCACCAACUUCCUCUAUCCAAAACCAACGCCGACCACCAUCACCAUCGACAUCUACUUCCUCCAUCCCCACCAACCCCGACCACCAUCACCAUCGACAUCCACUUCCUCCAUCCCCACCAACGCCGAGCACCAUCAUCAUCGACACCUACCUCCAUCCGAACCAACACCGACCACCAUCACUAUCGACACCUACCUCCAUCCCCACAACCCCGAUCACCAUCACCAUCGACAUCCACUUCCUCCAUCCCCACAACCCCGACCACCAUCACCAUCGACACCCGCUUCCUCCAUCCCCACCAACGCCGACCACCAUCAUCACCAUCGACACUCACCUCCACCAUCCCCACCAAAGCCAACCAUCACCACCAACAGUAGACCAACAUCACCGCCAUCACUGA